AUGAUUUUGACAGGGUCGCCAGUUUAUCCAUCUCCCUUUAUUCCUAACUUUGUAAACGCACCUAUGCCAAUAGAAAGACGUAGAAUCAGGAAGGGGGAUGGGGCAAAGGCGAUCAUGAAGAUCCUAGUCCUCCUGGCGGUCUCCUUGGCCGCCACCACAGCUUCCUACUACAAACGUCCGUAUGGCGGCGGGUAUGGAAAAGGUGGUAAGAUAGGCGGUUUCGUCGGAGGUUUCGGAUACGGAUAUGGAAAGGGUGGAAGAGGUGGCUUCUGGGGAGGAAAUGGCGGUUAUGGCGGCUACGGCAAGGGAGGAAAUAUGUGGGGCGGAAAGUACGGAUAUGGUGGCAAUUAUGGCGGAUACGGCAAGAGAGGAAAUAUGUGGGGCGGAAAGUACGGAUAUGGUGGUAAUUACGGCGGCUAUGGCGGCUACGGCAAGGGAGGAAAUAUGUGGGGCGGAAAGUACGGAUAUGGUGGCAAUUACGGCGGCUAUGGCGGCUAUGGCAAGAGAGGAAAUAUGUGGGGCGGAAAGUACGGAUAUGGUGGCAAUUACGGCGGCUAUGGUGGCUAUGGCAAGAGAGGAAAUAUGUGGGGCGGAAAUUACGGAUAUGGUGGCAAUUAUGGCGGCUAUGGCGGCUACGGCAAGGGAGGAAAUAUGUGGGGCGGAAAUUACGGAUAUGGUGGCAAUUAUGGCGGCUAUGGCGGCUACGGCAAGGGAGGAAAUAUGUGGGGCGGAAAGUACGGGUUUGGUGGUAAUUACGGCGGCUAUGGCGGCUACGGCAAGGGAGGAAAUAUGUGGGGCGGAAAGUACGGAUAUGGUGGCAAUUAUGGCGGGUACGGCAAGGGAGGAAAUAGGUGGGGCGGAAAGUACGGAUAUGGUGGCAAUAUUGGCGGCUACGGCAAAGGAAGAAAUAUGUGGGGCGGAAAGAACGGAUAUGGUCGCAGUUAUGGCGGAUACGGUAAGGGAGGAAAUAUGUGGGGCGGAAAGUACGGAUAUGGUGGCAAUAUUGGCGGCUACGGUAAGGGAGGAAAUGUGUGGGGCGGAAAGUAUGGCAACGGUUACAAUAACUACUGGGGCAACGGUGGAUAUGGAAAAGGGGGAAAGGCUGUUCCAUAUUUCAAUGGUGGCUAUGGAAUGAAUUAUGGUGGAUAUGGUAAUAGAGGAGGAUACGGUGGUAAAUGGUACGGUGGCAACUAUGGCAAAGGUUAUGGAAAUAUGUACUAUGGUAACAACAUCGGGUACGGCAAUAAUGGCUAUGGCGGUGGAAAAUGGGGAGGGUACAAUGGAAGGUGGGGCUACGGAAAAGGAGGAAAAUGGGGCGGUAACAAUGGAGGUUGGGGCUAUGGGAAAGGAGGAUACUGGGGUGGAAUGAAUGGCGGAUGGGGCUAUGGCAAAGGAGGAAACUGGGGCGGAAGAAAAGGAGGAUACUGA